GUCGUGUAGAUACGUCUUUGACAGGAGUGAGCGUGGAUAUGUUUGUGUGCGAGUGAAUGUGUGGUUCCGAGUGACGUGUAUAUGUUGUGCCUAUUCAGGUGAAGGUAGAUUUUUAAUGAUGCAUUGUGUUUAAUAGCAGCAGUACUCCAUACAUUCUGUUUUGUGACGUCACCACACAUCUACUGUAGACAAAAUGGUUUUGAUGACGAUGAUAGCAAGGCUGUCAGAUGGUCUACCUCUGUCAGCAUCAAUGCAAGAAGAUGAACAGUUUGGGAGAAGCAUUCUUGAGUACCAGAACCAAGCGAAAUUAUUAUUCCGCAAGUUAAACAGCCAUAGUUUGGAGCGUUGCACGAUCGAAACAGGACCAUAUGUUUUCCACUAUCUUAUCGAAAAUGAUGUUUGUUACUUGGUAUUAACUGAGCGUAAUUUCUCAAAAAGACUGGCUUUCUCGUACUUAGAAGACCUAGCGCAAGAAUUUCAUGCUCAGUAUGGGAAGAGAGUUAAUGUUGUGCAAAGGCCUUACACUUUCAUUGAAUUUGAUACAUAUAUGCAAAAGGCUAAGAAAAUGUUUACUGAUGCGAGAACACGCCGUAACCUUGCUGCACUUAACACAGAGCUACAGGAUGUUCAAAGAAUUAUGGUGCAAAAUAUAGAUGAUGUUCUGCACAGGGGUGCAGUAUUGUCUGAUUUGGAUACAAAAGCAAUGAACUUACAGCUACAUUCCCAAAAAUAUAAGAAAGACGCCACUCAUUUAAAUGCAAGAUCAAUGUAUGUGAAAGCUUUUGGUGUUUGUGUUUUGAUUUUCCUUGUGAUAAGUUAUUUCUAUAUAUUGUACUAGUUCACAUACAAUUAUUUGUGCAAUAGAUUAUACCGAAUACCCUUCAGAUUGAAUAUGUAUUCUGUUGUUAAUAAAUAAUUUUUCACUGUGAUUUAAAUUUAAAAUAAAUUUUUAUGUCUGAGACA